UAAAUUCUGCUGAUCUGAGAGCAGUCGCACACAGACGCUGGACGGGACCAGAGCGACAUCAUGAAGCUGCUGAGGCACGGCAUCUACACUCUGCUGGUAUGUUGCAGUGCAUUGUGGGUCGCUCACUCCGAGGUUGAAACUGAAUCCGCCACCGAAUGUGACGCCACGUUGACGUUCUCCUCCGAGAUCACAAGCUUGACUGGAGGAAACGGGGACAUCCACAGCAGAUCUCUGUCUCCGUGGAACUGGACGCCAAACACGGAGAGAAACCGAAUCCCCAGGACGCUCUGGGAGGCCGAGUGCAGUACCAGCUUUUGUUCCAGUCCCGUCCCGGGACAGAAGGACCAAAAGGACCUGAACCCGCUCCCCGUCUACCAGGACGUCCUGGUCCUGACCUCACACAAUGGCCGGCGUUGCUACAAAGCAUCGUUCCGCUCUGUGGCAGUCGGAUGCACCUGUGUUAGAGCCCAGACCAAUUAGAAGUGAAGCACAGGACACAGAAAUAUUUCAAUAAAAGGAGCUAAAACAAAAUAAGCUAAUUGAAACCUGGUCAUUUCGUUCUUGCUGUUUUUGUUGUAUUUAUUUAAAAAGUGCGUGUUAAUUUCAGAUGUGCCAGAUUUGAAUCAGCUCUUUAUUUUUAUCUAUAGUCUCUGUGCAGGUAACAUAAAAAACACACAAACAAAUA